AUGAUGCAGAGUGCACACCUAACGACCUCACAACCGCCCAUAUCCGGUAGAAGUUACGAAAAAUGCGCUGAAGAUUUGUAUCCAUCGUUGGCUGUAUUUAGUUCAGGCUAUCACCAAGUCCAUGUCUAUUUGUCUCUGAUACUUUGCGUUUUCGGGAUCGGCCUCAACUGCCUUAAUGUGGUUGUUUUAUGUCAGAAGCAUAUGAGAAACUCGAACAAUCUCCUCCUUUCAAGUCUGGCCAUUUCUGAUGGACUAGUAAUGUUCAUUUACAUAAUCUACGAUCUCGGUUUUCGAUUAGUAGCACGAUUGGAAAAUGGCAUGACAAAGGAUUACGCAUACCUCCUCUUAGUGUGCAUUGUGGGACAAAAUUUGUUUCAUACGUUUUCCACCUGGAUAAUUGUGGUCCUUGCAGCUUACAGGCUUCUCUACGUUCAUGCAGGUCCUCAGGCAAGAGUUGUCUGUGCUCCUUUGCGUGUGUGGUUUGCUAUUGCAAUGAUUGCACUCACUUCCAUUGUUCUUACCGUUCCUCUCGUCUUUGCUCAUGAAGUAACUCAAUACCGUAAACCAAAUUCCAACAUAUCAGGUCUUUUUGAAGUGGAUUAUGUUGAUAACAGUGUGCUCCAGACUAUUUUAUUCCUCAAUUCGGCUCUCUUGGUUAAGGCCAUCCCAAUACUUUUGAUAUGGGUGUUGAGCACGAUUUUAAUAAAUAAAAUACGCGAAACACAGCUAACGAGAAGACGACUUUUGCCACCAGAAACCAUACGGUCUUCGUUCACAUUCCCCUCACCCUCGACGGGCUGCUCAGCGGAUGUAGAGCGAUUACGAAAACUCCACUGGUUUUUCUUCAAAUCAUGCGGUGGUUUCGACGCCUGCAGACAAUCUGCUCAACCCACCAAGAUGCUGCUAGCAGUUGCUUUAAUGUACAUAAUCACGUACUUGCCACAGAGCUUAGUCAUGUAUCCUUUCAUUUUUUCACAGUCAGUGAUGCUGAUACUCAAUCGAUACAUGGGACGUUGCUUCCAAACACAAGUGUACGAGCGGCUGGGUGAUUUGAUGGACCUGCUGACGCUUAGCAAUAACGGAAUAAACUUCAUCAUCUACUGCGUUAUGUCGGCACAGUUCCGUAACACCUUUGUUGCCCUACUCACAUCAGGCAGAAGCAAACUACGCCACUUCUAG